UAAGAGUGUCGAUCAGUUUCCCUCUCAUUGGAUGGUUGAAAUGGACGCUGUGCACCAAUAGGAUUUAGAACUGUACAAAGCAAUCUAGUCCCUGCCCCCAUGCAGCCUCAGCGAUGUAACACUAUAGACUGCAAAGAGCUCGAGGAGAGACGGCAAUGAGCUCUUAUUUUUUAAGAUUUAAACGUCGAUUUUUGUCUUACAGACAUGCUCAGUAAACGUGGCAUGUUUUCUUUAACGGCAUUUCCUACUAUCAUGGAUUUCAACUUUGUUAUAAACAAUAUCUCGAUUGGAAAUAAUUUGUUAUAGCGGACCAAGGAUGACAAAGACAAUAGGAUACCGAGACUGGAGAUGGCAGGCGCUUUGGUGGCAUCAUUUCUUUCUCUUGUGGAGUACAAUAGACGGACAGACUCGUUACAGCAUCCCGGAAGAGCUGAAACAGGGCUCUGUGGUGGGAAAUCUAGCCAAAGAUCUGGGUUUGGGAUUAUCAGACAUUUUUGAUCGUAAGAUGCGUGUCGCCUCUGAGGCUGGUGAGCAGUAUUUCAGUGUGGAUGCAGGGAAGGGCGAGCUGGUGGUGAAUGACAGAAUAGACAGAGAGGCUUUAUGCGGACAAAGCGCCAGCUGUGUUCUACCUCUGCAAGUGGUCGUUGAAAAACCUUUGCAGUCUCAUCGAAUUGAGGUUGAAAUAAGAGAUAUAAAUGACAAUUCUCCCAGUUUUCUUACACAGGAAAUAAACCUUAAAAUACCAGAAUCGGUUGCACUUGGAAAACGUUUCCCUCUGGAGGGUGCAGAGGACCCUGAUGUUGGAAGCAAUUCUUUGAAAACGUACUCACUGAGUAAAAACGAUUAUUUUUCUCUGAAAUUUAAAGACGCAAAAAAUGGUAAAAGUGUCCCCGAAUUGGUGUUGGAGAAGUCAUUGGACCGAGAAAAAAAUGCUUUCCAUCAGCUGCUUCUGAUAGCAUUAGAUGGAGGAAACCCAGUCAAAUCUGGAACCAGUAAGAUAAUUAUUAAUGUACUUGAUAUUAACGACAAUUUUCCAGUAUUCAGUGAAAAUGAGUACAAAGUAUCUCUAAAGGAGAACAGCACCAAGGGGACAUUUGUAAUCAAACUUACAGCCACAGAUGCCGACGAUGGUCUUAAUGGUGAAGUAAAAUAUUUAUUUGGGUCCCGCAGUCCAGACUCUGUGUUAUCAACAUUUGAAAUUAAUGAUUUUACCGGAGAGAUUGUAUUAAAAGGAGCAUUAGAUUAUGAGAGCUCUAAAUCAUACCUUAUCGAUGUAACUGCUAAAGACAAAGGCAUUCCUGAGAUGGAGGGUCACUGUCGUGUACAAUUAGACAUAGAGGACAUAAAUGAUAAUCCUCCUGAAAUUGUGCUCACUUCAGAGCCCAGUCCUGUGCUUGAGGACGCACCAAGUGGGACAGUAGUGGCUCUGAUUAGUGCACGAGACCUUGACUCCGGUGAAAACGGUAAAGUGACGUUACAACUUCCCAAACGGUCUCCUUUCACUUUGAAACCAUCGUUCUCUAAUAAUUAUGAACUGGUUACCAGUGGUGCUUUAGACCGAGAGACUUUUUCAGAAUAUAAUAUUGAGAUAACAGCCACUGAUUCAGGCUCUCCUCCUCUGUCCAGUAAGAAAAUUAUACCUGUCAGCAUCACUGAUGUGAACGAUAAUUCUCCUAUAUUCACUCAGUCCUCCUAUAAUGUGUAUUUAAAAGAGAAUGGGGUCCCAGGCUCCAUACUGUACUCAGUAUCAGCGUCUGACCUGGAUUUUGGUGAAAACGCUAAAAUCUCUUACUCUAUACUGGACUCUAAAGUGCAGGACGUUUCUGUCUCCUCUUAUGUUUACAUUAACUCAGAUAACGGCAGCAUCUACAGCAUGCACUCGUUUGACUAUGAGAAACUGAAGGUGUUUCAGAUCCAGGUUCAGGCAAAGGAUCAGGGCUCUCCGUCUCUCAGCAGCAACACUACUGUCCAUGUUUUUAUCCUGGACCAGAACGACAAUGCCCCC